AUGUCUGGAACCAACCCAGAGAAGCCUCCCAUCCAACCGGAGCAGCAGCUCUACCCUCCCCCUCCCACCGGCGACAACAACCAACAGCAGCCUCCCCAGUACACCUCCGGCCAUGAGCAGCAGCAGUACAACCCGGACCAGAAGAGCGCCGCCGGCCCCGGCCACGAGCAGCAACACUUCCCUCCUCCGCCCCCGGGCCCUCCCCCCGCCAACCAGCCGCAGUUCACACAUGCUCCCCAGCAGCAGCAGCAGCAGCAGCAGCAAUACGCCGCCGGCAGCUCCGUUCCCCAGCAGCAGUCGUACGCACAGGCGCCGAGCCAGCAAGCUCCUUACAACCCCGCAGACCACGGCGCCGGCCACCACUACUCACAACAGCAGUUCGAGGGACCUCCGGGCACGGGAGCACCGAGCCACGCUCAGAGCGGUCCUUACACCGACCCGGCUGCCGCACACGCUGCCUACAUCGCGCCCGCUACCGAUCCCAGCCACAAGGAGAAGCGCGGAUGGGGUGAGCGCCUCUCCCAGAUGGGCAUGAAGGCCGCUGUGCCCAUCAAUGCCCUUGCCAAUAAGAUGGGCUCGCAGAGCUUCCUGCCCACCACCAUGGAUAGAGAGUGCGACAAGGCGGCCAAGAUCCUCAAGAGCUUCUGCAAGGAGGGAAUCACAUCCGACGUACCCCCACAGACGGGCGAGCACCUCGAGCCCGGCAAGCACGCCGAAGCGACCGGCUCGCGCCCCACGACGCCCAACAAGGAAAAGGCGCGCAAGGAACCCAAAGCCAUCGUCAAGAUCCCCUCAAAGGUCAUCAACAAGGCCGUCGGCCUCGCCAUCUUCACCACCGCCCGCGUAGGCUUCCAGUUCUCCGGCGCAACCGGCUCCGGCAUCCUCAUUGCCCGCCUCCCCGACGGCUCCUGGUCCCCGCCCUCGGGCAUCCAGGUCCACGCCCUCGGCGCCGGCUUCAUGAUCGGCGUCGACAUCUACGACUGCGUCUGCGUCAUCAACAGCCCCGCCGCCCUCGCCGCCUUCAUGUCCACCCGCGUCAGUCUCGGCCCUGACGUCGCCGUCGUGGCGGGCCCCUACGGCGCCGGAGGCGUCAUGGACGUCGGCGCCUCCUUUGGCGGCAAGAACCCCGACCCCAAGGACAAGAACGCAAACGACCACGUCACGGACGCAAAACCCGGCGAGGACGGCAAGCUCAAGCCCGACGAGAAGGAUAAGAAGCGCAGGAGCAGCAGCACCUCGCUCAAGCCCGUCUUCUCCUACGUCAAGUCCCGCGGCUUCUACGCCGGCAUCCAGGUCGACGGCACCGUCGUCACGGAGCGCAAGGACGCCAACGCCGCGUUCUACGGACAAAAGGUCACCGUGGACCAGAUCGUCAAGGGCCAGGUGCCGCCCCAGGGUCCCAACGGCAUGUGGCCCGCCGGCGCCCACCCGCUUUACGAGGCCCUCCGCACCGCGGAGCAGCAGCAGGCUCUCCCCGAGGUCCACCUGCCCCAGGCGACGCCCGGCCAGCAGGCCCCGCCCGGGUCGAUCCCCCCUCACCAGCAGCAGCCAGCCUAUGGUCAGCAGCAGCAGUACGGCCAUCAAGAUGCCGGCGGCCCGCUAGGUUCGCACCCUCCCGGCCAGGGUGGCCCCGUCGCCUCGGGUGGUCUGAGCCGCGAGGAGCAGCUUCCGGGUUACGUGGAUGACGGUGUGGCGCGGCCUGGUGUCGGUGAUCACAAGGGCCACUACCAGUAA